UUCAAACAAAUGCUGCAGAGUACAUGAGCUAGCUAUUGAGUGAAACGGGUCAGUGGAUUGAACAAAAUCGUAUUGCUCGUAACUCGUAAGUUCAAUUAUUUUUUUUUCUGGAAUAUUACCUUCAUUGCUUACUAAUGAAUAGAGAUAAUUUGUAAAUCCUUAGUUUAGAUUGAAAUUUCAGUGGAAAUGCAAUCGCAGGAAACGUCAGUCCAUUUUCCGGGAAGUGAGGAGGUCGAAGAUCCUAUCGUUAAACGAGCGAACAGCAGGUGGUGGAUGGUUAACAAGAUGCAGCUUCCAGCUGGCAUUCAGUUGUCAUCUGCUGCUGCUAGAGAGUGGCUGCAUGGCAGGCGUUCAAAUUUAAGGCCUUGGGCAACCUUUGUCACCACAUCCAAUUUCAAAGGACCCCAGUCUCUGAAGCGCUGGUCGGUCCGGCUAGCUAAGAAUGUGGAAUACUUCCAGAGCAACUACUUGUUUGUGGCUAUUGGGCUCAUCAUUUAUUGCUUGGUGACGUCUCCUCUUCUGCUGCUGGUGCUGGCGAGCAUGGGUGGGGCAUGCUACAUCGCAAGCCUCCGUCAGAAGGAACGAGCCCUGGUGAUUGCGGGUCAGACCGUGCCCUUGCCUCACCAGUAUGUGGCCAUUUUGCUGGUCUUCACUCCAAUAUUCUUCUUUGCUGGGGCAGGAGCGGCGCUCUUCUGGGUCAUCAUUGCAAGCUUCAUUGUUGUGAUGGCACAUGCAUCAUUCUAUUCCAUCGAGGCUUUGCUUGGCGAUGAGGAAGCUCCCUUCGAAAUGCAGAUGGAUGAGGUAUAGCACUUGGACGGACAGAGGGCAACUGUUCAGCUCUUGCCUUGAAGAUCAAAAUACGGGGUUAGGCCGUCGAGAUUAGUAGAAUGAAGGUGUUGCUUAAACUGCGGUUUGCUCUCUGCAACUUUCAACCGACUUAAUCCCUAUAAUAUUUUAUGCUUGAAACUCUUUAUUUAUGGAUGAGUAUUAUGUAAUCAAUCGUUGUGGUUGUACAUCAAUGUUAAUUUUACCUUUAACUUAGCGGCAGCUGCUCUGUUAUGUUGAUUUUUUUUCAAAAAGUAGGUAAUCAUUUAACCUCUAUACUUAAGAAGUGGACGGUAGAGACCUCGCUUUUGGCUUAAAAUUAUGCUGAACACUUUUAUGUGACACAUUAUUGGAAAUUUUCUUUAUGCUUUUUAGCCUCGUGUAUUAUUUAGCUAGCGCUUUUGUUGCAUUUAAGAGCAGUGCAUCUCCAAUGCCCAUCUGAACCAAUCAAUGUCUGUGAUCCCUUUCAAUGUUCUCGUAAAAUGAGCGUUACCAGGAAGAGCUUUGUGUUAAUCAGCGCUUUUUUUCUAAAUUCAAUUGGCGUUGUAACGAGCUCCUGGUUCUCUUAAACUAAACUGCUGUGCUUUGCUAUACAUCAAUAAAUUUGGCACUGCAUGCGGUGAGGUACGGUAGCUUUACUUGCUUGAUUGCUUAGGAAUUUCAAACUUGAUUAAGAACAACUACCUUUUUCCAAAAUGUGCUCCAGUUUUGGACUUGAAGGCAAUUCUACAAUCUAUUGACAUGCAUUGAUUUUACCCGUGGCUCUUGCUUCGAAUCUCUCAAGUAUUACUGAUGUCCAGCCGUGUAUCACAACAGUGCCUACUUAAUGUUAACAAAUGCUACUAUUUCGACUUACCUGAAGAUCUUAUUUUAUGAGCGUUGUUCUUAGAGCUUUACUUCUACUUUAUGGUGUCGUGGUUUCAGCAAAUUACGCAAACAUUUGAUAUUUAAUACUUUUCCCGUUAAUGUUUAAUUUAGCAUCUAGUAACCAAUUCGUUGUCAACUCGGAGCCAAAGUUUUCUGUUAUUUCAGUCUGAGUAUUAACGACAGGCCAUGAAAAUACUUUUCCUAAGAUGUUCUGUCUGUUAUAAAUUUUUCCGUUGUAGAUUAUGUAAGGAUAAAUAUGUAUGUAUCCUCCUUCUCUGGGAUUUUAUAUUAAUUUUCGUUCGUGAUAAUUUGUUGUUUGUAUCUACACGUUAUUUCUACAGACGUGGCAUUAUAUAGAGGCCAAAGGUAUCAAAUAGACGUAGCUGAAGGGUGGAAAUUAACGACAGGAGCCACAGCAAUAAAAUGAUUAGCUGCUGCAGUAUUUUUGUACUCAAAUCAUACAUUAACGUGGCAAUGAUUUUCUUUGCAUGGAACCUACUCAAUAAGUACGUUGUUAUACGUCACCACUUGAAUCAUGUUCAAUUUAUUAUAACCUACCAGAAUCUC